GCGGCUUCGUCUCCUCUCCUCCUCCGGCGACGCGAUCGAGAAGCGGCGCCGGAUUUUGCCGCCGGCGACGCGCGGCUGAGGGGGCGGCGGGAAGGGGGUGGGGGUGGGGAGGAGGGAUUCCGCAACCCCGCGCCCAUGGCAGGAAGUAAUCCACCACCCAAACCAUGGGAACGUGCUGGAACUUCAUCUGGUCCAGCGCCUUUCAAGCCCCCAUCCGGGGGUAGCACUAGUGAUAUCGUCGAAGCUUCUGGCACAGCAAAACCUGGGGAAGUUGUUUCUGCCGCAGAGAGCAAUGUUGCUUCCAAUGUGAACAGCACCAUCUCUAGGCCUGUGCCCCCACGGCCUUGGCAGCAGCAAGGAUACGGAAAUUCUUAUGGAGGUUAUGGCUCCAGUAUGUAUAGUUCGCUUGGUGGGUUUGGUGGACCUUAUAGUAGCGGCGGACUUUACGGAAAUAACAUGUAUUCAAGUUAUGGAGGAGGUUAUGGGGGUAUGUAUGGAAGUUCUGGAAUGUACGGUGGGUCCAUGUAUAAUAGCGGGAUGGGAGGUCCCUAUGGUGGCUAUGGUAUGGGCAUGGGUGCUUACAACCAAGGUCCAAAUUCAUUUGGGCCACCAGCACCACCCCCUGGUUUUUGGAUGUCCUUCCUGCGAGUGAUGCAUGGUGUUGUGAAUUUUUGUGGGCGAGUUGCUUUCCUUUUUAGCCAGAACACACAGGCAUUCCACAUGUUUAUCUCAGCUCUUUUGCAGCUAUGUGAUCGGACUGGAAUGCUUUAUGGUGAACUUGCGAGGUUCGUUCUACGCUUGCUUGGGAUCAAAACAAAAGCAAAGAAGGGUGGGGUUCAGGGCGCAGAAACUUCUUCGUUUGAAGGUCCAGGGCAUCAUUUUGCUGAGGCACCAAAAGCUAACAACUCCUGGGACAGUGUCUGGACUGAUGAUGGUAGUGGGAAGCCUCCUCCCUUCCCUUUCUCUCGCUUCUCCCCUAACAAAUCUCCACGUCUCCCCCCCUAUCUUUGUCUUCAUGUGCAGAAACUCAAAGAUCUCUCUCCCUCACCUAUAUUACCUGCACCAACACCACUGACCACUCCCUCCUCCUGUUCUUGCUCCUUCCUCCCAGUGUCUCUCAAGAGCGGUGCAGGGUUCACAAGGCAGGAGAAAAUGGGGGAGAUCACCAAUGUCAUGGAGUACCAGGCCAUCGCGAAGCAGAAGCUUCCGAAGAUGAUCUACGACUACUACGCCUCUGGAGCUGAGGAUGAGUGGACUCUCAAGGAGAACAGGGAGGCAUUCUCCAGGAUCUUGUUUCGUCCCCGCAUCCUGAUCGAUGUCUCAAAGAUCGACAUGUCCGCAACUGUUCUUGGGUUCAAGAUAUCAAUGCCCAUAAUGAUUGCUCCCAGUGCCAUGCAGAAGAUGGCUCACCCUGACGGAGAGUAUGCAACAGCCAGGGCAGCUUCAGCAGCAGGAACUAUAAUGACACUGUCAUCUUGGGCUACUUCAAGUGUUGAGGAGGUCGCCUCAACUGGACCAGGAAUCCGUUUCUUCCAGCUAUACGUGUACAAGGACAGGAAUGUGGUUGAGCAGCUUGUCAGAAGAGCCGAGAGAGCUGGGUUCAAGGCGAUCGCACUGACCGUGGACACUCCGCGACUGGGACGCAGGGAAGCUGACAUCAAGAACAGGUUCGUUCUGCCACCAUACUUGACACUGAAGAAUUUCGAAGGCCUGGACCUCGCAGAGAUGGACAAGAGCAACGAUUCCGGGCUGGCCUCCUACGUCGCCGGGCAGAUCGAUCGCACGCUCAGCUGGAAGGAUGUGAAGUGGCUGCAGAGCAUCACGUCGCUGCCGAUCCUCGUCAAGGGCGUCAUCACCGCGGAGGAUGCGAGGCUGGCCGUGCACUCCGGCGCGGCGGGGAUCAUCGUGUCGAACCACGGCGCGCGGCAGCUGGACUACGUCCCGGCGACCAUCAGCGCCCUGGAGGAGGUGGUCACGGCGGCGGCGGGGCGCAUCCCGGUGUACCUCGACGGCGGCGUCCGCCGCGGCACCGACGUCUUCAAGGCGCUCGCCCUCGGCGCCGCCGGCGUCUUCAUCGGGAGGCCGGUGGUGUUCGCGCUGGCGGCGGAGGGGGAGGCCGGGGUGAGGAACGUGCUGCGGAUGAUGCGGGAGGAGUUCGAGCUCACCAUGGCGCUCAGCGGAUGCACCUCGCUCGCCGACAUCACCCGCGCCCACAUCUACACCGACGCCGACCGCCUCGCCCGCCCCUUCCCCAGGUUGUGAGGACCUCGCCGCCGCCGCCGCCGGCGAACUCUAGCCAAACAAUAAACAAUAUCGACGACGCCAGAGAGCACGCCGAUUAAUUAAUUAGGUAAUUUUUGCAAAAGAAUCUCGUCGAUCCACACGCGCGCAAGCAACACACGUACUCCGUGCACCCCUCGUAACUGGGUCGUUCAUGCUCUUAAUCCCAACGAUUAAUUAUACUGGUAUAAUCUUUGUAAUUUCGAGUACUGUACACCUAUUUGGCAUCUGUAUAUCUCGCCUUAAGAUAUUUACGGAACCGGUUUAUAUACUCCUUUAAUUUUUAAUUAACGGAGUUCAACAUAUAUAUAAGUUACUUCAUGAAA